AUGGGUCUCGACGACGACCACCGCAGCCACAGAUCGCGGCGCACGCGCGACGAGGACGAGGAGGAGCGGCCACGCAGAGACACAAAAGACAGAGACGGCCACCGGCGCAGACGCAGCAGAGAAAGGCGGAGGUCACGAUCACGAGACAAACGCGAGAGGCGGCGUUCACGCACACCAGACCCUUCGGCACGCAAACGAUCCUGCUCACGAGACCGCGACCGCGACCGCGACCGAGAAAGGCGCAGAGAGCGAUCCCCACGAGACGACGACCGAAGGAGCAGCGGGAAGGAACUGAAACGUCGACGCCGCGACGAUGGAUCGGAAGCAGACGACUCCACACGAACGCGCGCCAGUCCCUUCCGUCGCGCGGGGCCGCUCCCUUCGCAAGACGACUCCUUUGCCGUGUCCAAGGGCGAGGAGCCCGAGAAGCCAAAGGAUAAGCCAAACCUGCGCACGACUGGCGUUCUGGCCGCGGCGUCAAACUCGGUGCAACAGGCGGAUGGAACGUCGAUUGUUCUCAAAUACCACGAGCCCGCAGAGGCGCGCAAGCCGCCGGUGAAGGACCAGUGGAAGCUUUUUGUCUUCAAGGGGAACGACAUUGUUGACACAAUUGACUUGAACCUGCGCAGCUGCUGGCUUAUUGGGCGCGAGGCGGCGGUUGUAGAUAUGAUGGCGGAACAUCCAAGCAUUAGCAAGCAGCAUGCUGUUAUCCAAUUCCGACAUGUCGAGAAGCGCAACGAGUUUGGAGACCGUAUCGGAAAGGUCAAGCCCUACCUGAUUGACCUCGAAAGCGCCAACGGAACGGUUCUCAACGGAGAUAAGGUGGCUGACAGUCGGUACUAUGAGCUUAGGGACAAGGACAUGAUAAAGCUGGGGCACAGUACGCGAGAAUACGUCCUCAUGUUGGCACCCAAAAACUAA